CUGGUGCUGGAGCUACUUUCUGCAGCUUCUAGGAGGAGACGCAGGGUGGGGAGGGUGCAGCAGAGCGACUGCACUGUGCAGGUGGCCACCACCAUUCCUUCAAGUUCCCUCACAGGAAGCCCUCCCUGACUCCAGCCACCUAGGGCAGCCUCACAAGCUCCCCACUCGGUUCCGGUCAUGGCCCCAAGCACACGGUUCAUGAGUCUAUGGGUACAUGCCUGUCUCUCCAGGGACCCGGUGACAGCAGGGACUGUCUCAGUCACCACUGGAUCUGCCCGGCUGAGGGCAGGCAGAGGAGACAGACCUCCCCACACCUUGGGGCCAGAGCCAAGGGCAUGUCCUGUGUCUUUCAGUGGAUUUAGCUGAGCAUCUACUGUGUCGCGCCCUCCAGUGUCCCCAGGAGCUAGCCGUAGAGCUACGUCUGUAUUGGAUGAGUGAACCAAGCUUUUUCCUUGUGCUCACUGAAUGCCAGGCACUGCGUGGUGCGGUGCUUCGCAUACAGUGUCUGGCCAGUGCUCGUGGUGACCACCUGCCAUGGUGACUGCUUAUCCCGAAGCCGUCCCACAGUUGAGGAAAGGGAAGGGGACAGCCGCCCCUCGGUCCCAAGGCCCCGGAACCCGCCGCCGGUCGCCCGGACGCCAUGAAGCAGCUGUGCCUGUGCGCGGCCACCUCCUUCGCGGUAGGGCCGAGGGCGCGGGUCCCUCCUCUCCCUCCCGUCCUGGCCGCCCGCCCCCCGCCCCCACCCCAGACCUGGAAAGAUGCGCGAGGGAGGGGUCCGGGCUGCGGCUCAGCCCCACCGACCUCGGCUCCUGCCCACCCUGCGGCCCCUGCCCCAUCCCGAAGCCCGCAGCCAGAGGCAGGCGCCAGGGCCAGGACUGGGGCAAGAGUGACGAGAGGCUGCUGCAGGCCGUGGAGAACCAGGACGCAGCCCGCGUGGCCGCACUCAUUGCCCGCAAGGGGCUGGUGCCCACAAAACUGGACCCUGAGGGCAAGUCCGCGUUCCACCUGGCGGCCAUGCGGGGUGCAGCCAGCUGUCUGGAGGUGAUGCUGGCCCACGGCGCCGACGUCAUGAGCACUGACGGAGCAGGUUACAACGCCCUCCACCUGGCCGCCAAGUACGGGCACCCGCAGUGUGUGAAGCAGCUGCUGCAGGCCUCGUGCGUGGUGGACAUCGAGGAUGGCAGUGGGUGGACAGCCCUACAUCAUGCAGCGGCUGGAGGCUGUCUGUCCUGCUCAGAGAUGCUCUGCUCCUUCAAGGCACAUCUGAACCCGCGGGACCGGGUGNGCGCCACGCCUCUCAUCAUAGCUGCUCAGAUGUGCCACUCGGACCUGUGCCGGCUGCUCCUGCAGCAGGGGGCUGCUGCCAAUGACCAGGACCUGCAGGGCAGGACGGCCCUGAUGCUGGCCUGUGAGGGCGCCAGCCCCGAGACCGUGGAGGUGCUGCUGCAGGGCGGGGCCCGGCCAGGCCUCACUGACGCCCUGGGCCAGGACGCCGCUCACUACGGGGCCCUAGCAGGGGACAAGCUCAUCCUGCACCUUCUGCAAGAGGCGGCUCAGCGUCCCUCCCCACCCAGUGGGGACGACUCGGGCGAGGCGUCAUCUCAGAACUCCGUGUCCAGCCAUGACCAGCGAGGGGCUGCCAAAAAGCGGAAGGCACCCCAGCCGCCGGCCAGCAUUCCCAUGCCGGAUGAUCGCGAAGCCUAUGAGGAGAUUGUGCGGCUGCGGCAGGAGAGAGGCCACCUCCUGCAGAAGAUCCGAGGCCUGGAGCAGCACAGGGACCGGAGGCAGCCGGAGGAGGCCGAGGCCUGCUCACUCCACAGUCUGCAGAGACAGGUGCAAGAGCUGCAGCAGCUGCUGGCGGAGAAGCAGGAGGAGAAGGAGAGCCUGGGCCGAGAGGUGGAAAGUUUGCAGAGCCGGCUGUCCCUGCUGGAGAGCGAGCGGGAGAACACCAGCUAUGACGUGGCCACCCUGCAGGAUGAGGAAGGGGAGCUGCCCGAUUUUCCAGGGGCCGAGGCCCUGCUGUCCAGGCAGCUAAGCCCGACGGCCCAGGAGCAGGUGGCUGCACUGCAGGAGCAGGUGGCUGCACUCACGAGACAGAACCAGGAGCUAAUGGAGAAGGUGCAGAUCCUGGAGGACUUCGAGAAGGACGAGAUGCAGAUGGAGGCGAAUGGUUCUGCUGAGGUUGUCCCCCUGGUCCUCUAUGACUCUCUCCGGGCCGAGUUUGACCAGCUUCGAAAGCAGCAUGCAGAGGCCUUGCGGGCGCUGGAGCAGCAGGAGGCAGGGCAGGCCCCGGGGGCAGAGGCAGCUGCUCACCGCCCCCCCCAGGGCUCCGAUUCGGGAGCCAAGGCGGCCCCAGAGGGACCCACAGGUGCCGAGCUAAACGGCACCGCGGCUCUGGAAGCCCGAGUUAUGGGGGCAGAGAACACAGGUGAGGAGACUGCGGGAGCCGUGGAAGCCAGGACUUUGGAAGGGGCCACCGCAGUGCCCGAGGCCGAGGCAGCCGUGGAUGCUGAGGCCCAGGAAACAGAGAGGGCGGGAGCCCAGGCCUCCGCAGCUGAGGCCUCCGCAGCGCAGGUGACUACAGUGAAGGCUGUGCCAGCGGGGAAGGCUGGAGCUGCCACCCCGGGGGCUGAGGCCACUGGCCCAGAGGCCACAGAAAGGAAAGCAGACAAUCCAGAGAAGGCCAGCGGCGAGGCUGCGGAUAUGGAGGCCGCCCGAGGCGCUGGGGUCCCGGCGGGCUCCGGCCUGCACCCUGGGGCCGCUGAGGCCUCCGAGAAGCUGCAGGCGGAGCUGGAGACCCGGAUUCGCGGCUUGGAGGAGGCGCUGCGGCAGCGAGAGCGGGAGGUGCAGCGGGAGGCGCUGUUCAUGAAGAGCGAGCGGCACGCGGCCGAGGCCCAGCUGGCCACCGCGGAGCAGCAGCUACGGAGCCUACGGACCGAAGCCGAGAGGGCACGCGAGGCCCAGAGCCGCGCCCAGGAGGCCCUGGACAAGGCCAAGGAGAAGGACAAGAAGAUCACAGAGCUGUCCAAGGAAGUCUUCAGCCUCAAGGAGGCCUUGAAGGAGCAGCCGGCUGCCCCAGCUGCACCCCGGGUGGAGGCCGAGGUGGAGGCCCUCCGAGGCCAGGUGAAGGCCCUGCAGCGGCAGAUGGAGGAGGCUGCCCGUGACCACUGUGCUGUGGUGGCACUGUAUAGGAGCCACCUCCUGUAUGCCAUCCAGGGCCAGAUGGACGAGGACGUGCAGCGGAUUCUCAGUCAGAUCUUGCAGAUGCAAAGGCUCCAGGCCCAGGGCCGCUGAGGCCAGCAGGGGGCUGCGCAGCCGGGCUCAGAACCCCAGGCCCCCGGCCAGCCGCUGCCCCACAGGCGGCUGGGACUGGACACGUGGACACCAGCCUGGGUCCCCUCCCGACUGCCCCUAAGUGGCUCCAUCACUGCAGCUGUCCCCGCACACUGUGGUUGGUCCCGUGUGCCUGCCCUCCCCACAGGGCAGCUGCGUAUGUCCUGCCCGGGUCCUGUCCCGAGGACACCGAUCCAGGAAUAAAUAUCUCUGCACAGACAAAU